AUGCGAAGCUUCUUGUACGCAGUGGGAGUCGCGACUCUUCUGCACCGAGCCCUUGGCCAGGAAUCGGUCCAGUACGAAGAUGCCUUGACCGGCUUCACAUUUUCUCGAUAUGACAGCGGCAGAGCUGUGUCCUUUGGCAUCGCCAUCCCGGGCAACGUCACCGGCGGCGAGCCCUACGACGCCGUGAUCCAAAUGACGGCAAGCAAGGACAUUGGCUGGUACGGCAUAGCCUGGGGCGGAUCCAUGACGUACAACCCCAUAUCCUUGGCCUAUCCGAACGGCGACGACGUGACUUUGAGCUCGCGCAUGGCUUUCGGCUACUUCCCUCCAGUCAUCUAUCCAGACGCCACCCACCAAGUCCUGCCCACCGGCACCUUUGUCAACGCGACGCAUUGGCAAGUCACGGCGAGGUGUACGGGCUGCACGCAGUGGGGAGACGAUGACAUCGGCAUCACCUACCUGGACCCGAGCGAGGACCAGUAUCUAGCAUUUGCCCUCUCCACAACGCCCGUCGACAAUCCGGCCGACCCCGAGUCGUCCUUUAGCAUCCAUUCGCAGACGGGACACUUUGUUCUAAACUUUGCUCUAGGUGCCAAUGAGGAUUUUGAAGAUCUCGUACAAGAGAAUUUGGGGGAGCAGGAUGCGGUCGAGGGUGGCAGGAGGUAA